AUGAAAAUUCUUGCUAGUUGGGCGCCUGCAGUUGUUAAUCACCUUUAUUGGUCGAUUCACAACUGUCAUGGUAACGGAAAGGAGUUGGUUGAGAGAUUAACCUCUAUCAUUCACCAUUCAGUCAAUCGCCAUACAUUCCAUCAGAAUAAAAUAUAUAAAAAAUGCGAACAUCCGGAAUUGACUGAAGAUGAAAAUAACAGAAAACAGUGGCUUGUGAUAGGGUCUGAGGCCCACUCCAAGUUGGUGAAAGUUGUCACGCAACCUAGUCUUGUUAAAGAUAUGGAAAAGCUGACGGAACAACUCCAUACCACUCUCCUGGAAGUUUUUCAUUCCUUGAAAAUACGAUGUCUCCCUAAGUCCAUAUUUUUCAAAAUGGAGAAGAUGUUGGCUGGAACACAGCUUGCCAUUUUGGAUCACAACCACAACGUCGACAGAGAACAGAAAUGCAAAGUCGACGAGGAAGGCGUAGAAACCCCUCUUUUCAAGGUGGCAUAUUCAAAGCCCAACAAACGAUUUGUGGCAAAGGUUGUGAAAGUCGAUAAAGACUAUAGUUACCUAUCGCAUAUUACAAGGAAAAUAUUGAAACGAGCUGAAGUCAAAAGGAAAGCUUCGAAACGAAGUCAGCUGAAGCGUCAACUCCCAUUGAAAAUUGCUCCUGAUGAUAGACCUGCACGUGCAGAAAUAAUUGAAAAAUCUACAAAAUAUAAGCGAAUAAAAUUGUAA